AAAAUAUUUUAUAUAUAAAAUCGUUGAUAAUACUCAACGAUGGCCUUUGGCGAUUAUCCUAAUGAGUAUGACCCGAAGAAAGAUGGGUAUUAUGAUCCUGCGAAAUAUUAUGGCAAAGCAGAUACUCCAUUCGGCGAUGUGAAAAUAUCCGAGCUGCCAGCAUGGAUAGCGCGCAGGCAGAAAACUCCAUCUGCUUUCAUGGGAGCGAUUAGUCGUGCUUUCUGGCGAUGGCAACAUAAGUAUUGUCAACCAAGGAAGGUCGGUGCAACACCAUUGUAUCAGGCUCUUAUCACCUCCAUGAUUUUUUUCUACUUCAUUAACUAUGAUAGGACCAUUCAUCAUAGGAACUACAAAUACCACUGAAGUUACAAGCAUAUUCUUCUAAAAUUCGACAUUUUUGAUAUUUAAAGUUUUUGUUUUUCAAAAUUGUGUUUGUUUUAAUUUUUAACUGUCAAAAUUAAAAGGUGAACAAAUUUAUUCAAUCUACUUAUUUGCGUACCUACCUAAUUAAUCAUAUGGUGAUGUUUCAUAGUUUUAGAAACAAAAUAUUUUCUAUUCAAUUUUGUUGGGUAGAAUUAAAUUUGUACAUAUUCCCGUGGCCUAGCCUUGUGACCCAAAUUCAAAGCAAUAAGAGCAGCAGAAAAAAUAUUUGGUGUGCCGAUAAGAGAUUUCGUUUGUAAGCGUGUCUCGUUAGGGUUUCCCAAACUGAAACGUGCUCGAUGGAUGUCGAUGGAUUUUGUCAGAUUUUUUGCAGUAUUUGAAUAAAUCGUGUUUGCAACGCCCACUCAAAGAUUGCAUUGCAAAAAGUUAGGUGGCGAAAACCAUUUCAGUUGUAAUAAUAAAAG